UCAGUUGGCGGGCAAAUCCCCAGUUCAAGGGAGCGACAAAUGGGGAACCGGAGGUUCAAACAGGUCUCUAGACUCUCAACCAGCGAUGUAGAAGAUGAGGGAGAAGCCCAACCUUCACAGCGUCCUUCGUCUUCUUCAAAUCCUGAAACUAACGAGAAAAAAAAGAUGAAACUUGCGGGAGAAGAUUCUGAGAGCAACGAAAAUAAAGAUGAAGCGUUGCAAGAGGGCGCGAAGCCGAUCGGAGAAGUAAUCAAGUAUACUGGCAAAGGCAGAGGACGGCGACCUCACUACAAUGCUUUCGAGUUCGAUGGUAAUCGAUUCGAGCUGGAAGAUCCAGUACUUUUAACACCUGAGGAUGCAGAUCAGAAGCCUUAUGUCGCUAUCAUUAAGGAUAUUGAACAAACCAGUGAUGGGAGUGUGAUGGUUACUGGGCAGUGGUUCUAUCGUCCUGAGGAGGCAGAAAAAAAGGGUGGAGGAAGCUGGGAACCACGUGAUACUAGAGAGCUGUUCUACAGUUUCCAUCGAGAUGCUGUUCCAGCUGAAUCUAUAAUGCACAAAUGUGUGGUGCAUUUUGUGCCCUUGCACAAGCAGCUUCCACAACGCUCACGGCAUCCUGGUUUUAUCAUCCAAAAAGUGUAUGAUAUUGUAGAGAAAAAACUUUGGAAAUUAACGGAUAAAGACUAUGAGGACACCAAGCAGCAUGAAAUCGAUCUUCUAGUUCAGAAAACUCGAGAGCGUCUGGGAGAACUUCCUGAUGUCGAGCCUGAAGAUGCCCCUGCUGAACAGGAAGAGCCAUUGAAGAAUAAGCGUUCCCUCAGAAAGAAAAAUAUGUCUCCCCUUGAUGUGUCGAGGGAAGAUGAUGAGGCCACCAGGUCCAAUUCAAGAACAGAAACACCAGGAAGUGUUGCCAAUGAUGCUUCGGAGUUUUAUUCAAUAUUAGCAAACUUCAAGGCUUUAACUGGAGAUUCGUAUCGUGACAAAUGUUUGGAGAGACUUCUUCAAGCAGUUCAGUAUGUAUGCGACCCAAAAGGUGAUGUGCAGGUUGAUGAUAAAGAAAAAGCUGGACCUGCGUGCACUGAUCGUGCUUCAAGUGGCAGCAAUCUCACAGAAACUGCGGAUGGCUCUCAGGAGAGUAUGAAGGGUGAUGAAGCAAUGCGCUGGCCAGAUGCUGCUGUGUCAGCAGUAACCGCUCUUGAGAGGGUCUCACAUGAAACUCUUGCCUCCGAUUUUACGAAGUAUAACCAAAAGAUGAGACAGCUAGUUUUCAACCUUAAGAGCAAUUCGAUGUUAGCGAAACGUUUGGUGAAAAGAGAGUUGGAACCUUCAACAAUUCUUAACAUGUCGCCUACUGAACUAAAGGAUGGUUUUACAGCAGAAGAAACUGCAAAGAAGCCUGAAGAAUCCGAGCACGUGCAGGUCAUUAAUUUUUUUGUUCUUAUGAAAUUUUGGAAAAAAACCAAAGCACGGUCCUGCCAAGAGAAGGCUCUUUGAUGAUCUACCUAGUUGCGCACAUGGCACGAUGUGGCAGUGCCAACCUCUAGAUAAGGCAUGGUCUACAUUGGCCACAUGUCAAAUUUCAGACCCAAAAUCAUUCAUACACCAUAAUUGUCUAGGUUUCUAGCCUCUUUCUUCGGUCCAAGGCGACAACAUGUCUUGUUUACAUUUUCGUGAGUUAACGUUGAUUUUUGUUUUUUUUUUUUUUUUUUUUUUUUAAUAUUAUAUCCUAUGCUUUGUUUAUUAAGUGUUAGUUUUCUCAUUUUAGAUCAUUACUAGCAUAAUUAUAUUGUAUUACAUUGAUAUGGUUUCUAUGCUGCAUAUAAGCACAAUGAUAUAAGGUUAUCACUGUUAUUCUACAUAGUGGUCGUGGGUUUGAGUCGGGAAACAGCCUCUCCACAAAGUUGGGGUAAGGCUGCGAACAUUAUGACCCCCCCAGACCUUGCAGUGGUAGGAGCCUCAUGCACUGGGUACGCCCUUUAUUUUGUUAUCUUACAUAUAGUUAGACUACAUGUGUAGGGCACCUAGGCUCCGUUUGGUAUCGUUCUAGAAAAACGUUUUUGGAGUUUUUUCGUUCUAUUGGAACGAAAAAACUGAAUCUUCUGUUUGGCGCACUUAUGGUUAGUUUCUAUUUUUUUGGAAC